UUCUUACUCCUUUCACUUCUUAAUUCUCAAGUUUAGAGAGAUCACAAAACCCAAAAGAAACACAGAGAGAAAAUAGAAAAAUGGGCUCUGAAACAUUUCUUGAAGUAAUCCUUGCUAUCAUCCUUCCUCCUGUUGGUGUCUUCCUCCGUUAUGGCUGUGGUGUGGAGUUCUGGAUUUGUGUGCUGCUGACACUUUUAGGAUACAUACCGGGCAUUAUUUACGCACUUUAUGUGUUAGUUGGAUAGUGAACAUGUUUAUACUGUAAAUGCCUCCUUAUCUUUGUAAUCAUUCUCCAAUAAAUACCACUGUAUUUCGUUUCCCCUA